CCAUCACCGUUUAUUUUCCAAUUAAUUGCAUAUCAUCUUAUCUAUCUAUUCUACCUCCCAGUCCCUACCUUAUUGACCUAAAAUCAAAGGUCCAAAAAUCCACUAACUUUUCAAUCAUUUAAACCUUAACCGUUAUUCUUGAGUCACAUGUUCAUAUUAGAUUCCACCAUAGACCUUGAAAUUUCAAAAACCAUUCAAUUCUAAAAUUUAACACAGAUUUGAUUUCUCUGAGGCUCAAUAAUUCUGAUUUUUAACAUUAAAUAUAACAUGAUUUGUUACCUCGACAAGACUCCAUUUUAUCCUCAAUAUACGAUCUUCACUCUUGACUUGUAACUAUCAAGUAUCAACCUUAUUUCAUUCCUUUUCAAUUCAAUUUUCAAUAAUAACUGAAAAAAAAAAAAAAACUCGGUUUGUCACAAGAAAGUUCUCAUAGGAACCUCGUGAUUUUUCAUCUGCUGAACCGUUUCCGUCACGUCAAAGUUUGUUUUCUUUAAAGUCUUAUAAAGUGUCCACUAUUAGUUACAAAGAGAGGGAAAAAAACGGUUUCUUGUUUCUUGUUUCUUUGAAUUGUUGCUCUCAAAGAAGGUUUUUGGUGGAGAUGAAUCAUUCUGGAGGUGAAAGUGAUCAUAACAGAAAAUUAGUUGAAGUUACCAAGGACAAGAAUGGAAUAGGCCAUGUUGUUCUUCGAAACCCUCGAGGAGCUUCGGCAACGGUUAGCUUGCACGGAGGGCAAGUUCUUUCGUGGAAAACCGAACGCGGCGAAGAGUUAUUGUUCUCUAGUACUAAGGCAAUCUUUAGUCCUCCCAAACCGGUUCGAGGAGGAAUCCCAAUCUGUUUUCCACAGUUUGGAAACCGUGGAACACUAGAGCAACAUGGAUUUGCAAGAAACAAGUUAUGGGUUAUUGAUCAAAAUCCUCCGCCGCUUUCGGUUGAUUCCAAUGGAAAAGUUUGCAUUGACUUGCUGCUCAAACCAUCGGAAGAUGAUAUGAAAAUAUGGCCACAUAGCUUCGAGUUUCGCCUAAAGGUCUGUUUGGCAGCAGACGGCCGUCUGAACCUGAUAUCUCGCAUCAGGAAUGUCAAUGGCAAGCCUUUCAGUUUCUCCUUUGCAUUUCAUACAUAUUUAUCCAUCUCUGAUAUCAGUGAAGUGAGGUUAGAAGGGUUGGAAACUCUUGACUACCUCGAUAACUUGUACCAGAAGGAACGCUUCACAGAACAAGGAGAUGCUUUGACAUUUGAAUCUGAGGUGGAUCGAGUUUAUCUUGAUUCCUCCAAUAUGGUAGCUGUUCUAGAUCACGAAAAGAAGCGAACGUUCGUGAUACGAAAGGAAGGUCUUCCAGAUGUUGUUGUUUGGAAUCCUUGGGAGAAAAAAUCCAAGGCGAUAGCAGAUUUCGGAGACGAAGAGUACAAGCACAUGCUCUGCGUGGAUGGCGCAGCAGUUGGAAAUCCGAUAACCUUAAAACCGGGAGAAGAAUGGACCGGCCGCUUGGAGCUCUCGGUUGUCCUUUCUACAUGACUUGACUUCAGUGUGUAGUUUGAAAGAAAAUACUAACAAAAAGAAACCAGCAAGCAUUGGUUAUUGUUUUAGCAGAAUUUGUGCAGCCUAAAAAUCUUGAGCAAUAUCAGUAAGAAGAGAUACAUGUGCUGUUGUUCUAGAUCAACAACUUUUCUAGUAUAUACAUAUAAGUAAUGUGCAUGAGAUUGAUGCAGUUAGCUUAAGAAAUAUUAUGAAUAUGAAGAUAUUUUUUCUUUUUCUUUAUGUAUACUUUGCAAUUUAAUGUAAACAUUCAACUCAUGAACAUAUGAAAUUGUUGCAGUUAACUUCAGAAAAAAGGAUAGAAAAAAAGAUACUCUUCUGUUUUGUUA